AUGGUCUUCAAUUCUCUCGCCCUAGGGGCCCGUAGUCUCCGGACUCGACCAUCAACCCGCCUUGUGCGCCAUUUCGCAUCUUCAGCCAAGCAAGCUAAGGACAACCAAUCAUUCAAGAGUUCAUUCAAGAGUCAACUAUACGAAAGCACCCAGCAGCGCCUGAAGCGCGAGCGCGCCGAACAGGAGAAAUUUGCCCAAUAUCAGACCCAGUCCCCCGCGGGUCGUUCUGCCGCCCUGGUCUUCGCUUUGGUUUUCUUCUCAACUGGUGCUUACUACCUCGGAUCCAUCAAGCCCGCAGCUCUGCCCUCCUCAUCUACGACUCCCCUCUCUGAGAUCGAGGCCCCCAAACAUAACGUCUCUCCCUCCAACCUCCAGGCAGCGUGGGCUGAUUUCGUCGAGAUCUUGGGCAAGGAAAAUGUUUCGACUGCAAGUGGCGACUUGGAAUCGCAUGCUGGAUCCGAUUGGUCCUCCUACUCACAGAAAGAGGAUGAGAAGCCCUUCUUGAUCCUCUACCCGUCAACUACCGAGGAGGUCUCGCGCAUCAUGAAGGUCUGUCACCAGCGCAUUAUCCCCGUCACCCCGUACUCCGGCGGCACGAGCUUGGAGGGCCACUUUGCGUCUACGAGAGGUGGCGUGUGCGUGGAUUUCCGUCGCAUGGACCGCAUCUUGAAGCUCCACAAGCGUGAUUUGGAUGUUGUUGUCCAGCCUGCUGUUGGAUGGGAGGAGUUGAACGAGGAGAUCGCCAAGGAUGGACUUUUCUUCCCGCCGGACCCGGGUCCCGGCGCGAUGAUUGGCGGUAUGGUCGGAACGGGAUGCUCGGGAACUAACUCAUACCGAUACGGGACAAUGCGUGAGUGGGUGCUGUCGCUCACUGUUGUCCUCGCCGAUGGCACCAUAAUCAAGACCCGGCAGCGGCCGAGGAAGUCUAGUGCUGGUUAUGACUUGACCAAGCUCUUUAUUGGCAGCGAAGGCACUCUUGGUCUGGUAACGGAGGCAACCUUGAAGCUGACGGUCAAGCCUCAGAGCGAGAAUGUUGCUGUCGCAAGCUUUGCCACUAUUCAGAAUGCUGCUGAGUGUGUGACCAAUGUGGUGGAGGCUGGUAUCCCUGUCGCUGGUGUUGAGAUUCUGGAUGAUAUCCAGAUGAAGUGCAUCAAUACCAGCAAGACUACCAGCCGUCAGUGGAAGGAGGCCCCCACCCUGUUCUUCAAGUUCACUGGCACCCCAAAUGCGGUUAAGGAGCAGAUUGGUAUGGUGCAGAAGAUUGUGUCUAACACUUCGGGCAAUACCUUCGAGUUUGCUCGUGGCAAGGCUGAGAUGACAGAACUCUGGAGUGCUCGCAAACAGGCACUGUGGAGUGUCAUGGCGAUGAAGAAAAGCCCGGAUGACCACGUCUGGACGACCGAUGUCGCAGUCCCGAUUAGCAAGUUGCCCGACAUCAUGGAGGCAACCAAGGAAGAUAUGACCAAGAAUGGCUUGUUGGCUGGAAUCUGUGGCCAUGUUGGAGAUGGCAACUUCCACGCGAUCAUCCUAUUCAGCGACAGCGAGAAGAAGAUAGCCGAGGGAGUCGUGCACCGCAUGGUGAAACGCGCUGUGGAGAUGGAGGGUACUGUCACUGGAGAGCACGGUGUCGGUCUCGUCAAGCGAGACUACCUCGAGCAUGAGUUGGGUGAAACUACAGUUGACACAAUGCGCCGGCUGAAAUUGGCUCUUGAUCCACUCCGCCUGCUCAACUGCGACAAGGUUGUUCGCACCGAACAACCGGCUCCCGGAGAGGUUAAGGAAUGGUAG